AGUUCGAGUUGGAGUUCGAUUGGAGUAUAAAAGAAGCGACCAUCGACGAUAGUGACAUUACUUGAAGCCGCCAGCAAACGGCAGCAACAUCAUCAUCAACGCAGCAAAGGAAUACAAACCAACGGAAUGAGACCCUUGCUGAUCCUGUUGGCCGUGGCAGGCCUUGCUGCUGUCUGUGUCCGUGCGGAUGUUUCCCAUCUGUUUGGUGGUGGUGGCGGUGGCUAUGGACACGAUCAUCAUGAUCAUCACGAUCACCACGAUCACCACGAUCAUCAUGAUCAUCACGAUCAUCAUGAUCAUCACUACGAUCCCCAUGCCCACUCGCACGGUGGAUUAUCGCACGAUGGUCCUCAUGGGCACGCCGGUCUGCACAUAGAUCUGCACUACCAGCAGGAGCCCCACCAUCAUCACCAUCAUGUGGAGCCGGAGGCCAAGUUCAACAUUCCCAGCGGCUACAGCUAUGGCGGACCACCGCCGGCACCCAAGAGCCGUUACCUGCCGCCAGCACCAAAGGCCAGCUACCUGCCGCCAGCGGAGAAGCCCCGCCAGAAGUAUUUGCCACCCAAGGCGUCGCUGCCACCUCCACCACCACCUCCGCCCAAGGCCAGCUACUUGCCGCCCUCCAAGCCGGAGGUGAAGUAUCUGCCUCCUGCACCUGCACCUGCACCCAAAUAUCUGCCUCCUGCACCUGCGCCAAAGUAUCUGCCUCCCGCGCCUGCACCUAAGUACCUGCCUCCCGCGCCUGCACCCAAGUAUCUGCCACCCUCUCCACCUGCACCGAAGUAUCUGCCCCCUAAGGUCGCUCCCAGCUUGCCGCCACCACCUCCACCACCGGUUGUGGCGCCCAAGCCAAGCUACUUGCCUCCUGCCCAGCCGGAAAAUAAUUAUCUGCCACCCGCUCCACCGGCCAGCAAGUAUCUGCCCGCCGAGGAGCCCGUGGCCAGAUAUCUGCCACCCAAGGUAGCUCCCAGUCUGCCACCGCCACCACCUAGGCCGGAGACGAGCUAUUUGCCACCCAAGCCAGAGUCUAGCUAUUUGCCUCCUGCCCCAAGGCCUGAGUCGAGCUAUUUGCCACCCAACCAUGCGGAGGAGCAUCAUCACCAUGAGCAUCAGCACGCGGAGGAGCAUCAUCACCAUGAGCAUCAGCACGCGGAGGAGCAUCACCACCACCAGCAUGAGCAUCAGCCGGAGAUUGACUUCCACAUUCCCAUACCCUCGUAUGCUUUGCCCCUGCAGUCGGGGAGCCACAGCCAUGUGCCCGAGCACGCCUAUCAGUACAAGCCGCCACUGCGUCGCUUCAGGCAGUAAGCCACGCCCCCUCCCCAAACCUCAUAAGUGCUGCAUCUAGUUAUAAGUUUUUGCAAAUUAAAAUCAUUUAAAAACGAAA